GUAGUAAUAAGUGAGUGGUCUUGAUCCCUUUUGACGCAGGGCAGGCGUUUGUCAACGCCACAGGAGAUGUAGAAAAACAAGAAGGGAAAUAAAGUGAGGCGUAUAAAGUAAAGAGAGCAAAAAACAUAAAACACAGUUCGUCACAGUACAGUGUACUAGUAGUCAUAGUCUUUGAGGCCGUCUGUUUGGUCCGGUUCACUGUUCACCAGCAGUUAUUGCUAUGCUCAAUAGAUGGCGCACCGUGUCCACCAGCUUGCGAUGCGCUCGCGUUAUUUUAUAGUUUUGCCUAGCAACGACUACGACAGAGAGAGAGAGAGGUGGAUAACUGCGCAGCGGAGCGUGCGGAUCUUUCCGCGGCGCAGGUUUUCGGCAUUGUUCGAGAUCUUUCCAGAAAGGCGCCGAAGAAAAACAAAUCACACGUGCGCAUUAGUCAUCGAAAGCUGCUGCUCUGUAAGGGUAGCACUGGGCUGCGGCGUAAUGAAACGUCGACUCACCGGCCGGUUCUGGCGCAAUACGCGGCAAUACGUGUUACAAUAAAUACGGGCUGUGUGCGGAACCGUUCGCUGUACGCACCCAACUGUCGACACGAGAGUUGCUGCUCCCUGCAAGAAAUCGGCUCGAAAAUGCUGCUCUUCCCAGUCGCCCCGAGUUACGCUGAUGUGUUCAGUUUCGCCGAGGCCAACCCAUGGGUAACGGAUAGUUUGCCCCCCCUGAUGGCCCCGUUGCUUGAACACUUAUUCGCCGAUGUGUUCGCACCAUUCGAGCCAUCGAAAGCAGAGCCAUGCGCUCCUGCAGAGGCAUGCUGCUCACCACUCGGCGAAGACGCGCCCUUGGUUGGAGAUACGGGCAAGGUAGGAGAUGCACUGCCGAACGUUUCAGCGAGCAGCAGCGACGAAGACUGUGCUUCAGCCGCCUGCGCAGCAGCUUCUGAUGAAGAGCAGCGCUCACCACCGGACUUCUCCCGUUCCUUCGACGUUGGUGGAUUCCUCGCCGGAGAGGUAACCGUCAAAGCUGUCGGUAACUGCGUCGAAGUCCACGCCGGUCACCUCGAGAAGCCCCCGCAGGGAGAGGAUGGGGACUUCGUGCGCCGGGAGUAUACGCAUCGCUUCACGCUGCCAGAUGACGUACGGCCAGACUCGGUGACAUCUGUGCUGACCAAGGAAGGUGUCCUCGUGGUUCGAGCCCCCAGGAACGGAUCCGUGUGCGUAGGAGAAACGAGUAGCAGAAGCACGGGUGGCUCAUAGUGAAGCCUGCAUUUAGCCUUGAUGAUGUAUUACUUCUAACACUGACCUGAGUCUGCGUGGCCCGCCCAAGAAGCAACAGAAGGAGCAAGCCGCCCACUUCACAUUCAUCAAGAGACCGUGGCAGCUGACUGUCAAAAAAGCAUGAGCUCCGCUGACCCAAGAGGUUAAAAGCCAGGGCCCGUCAAAUGCACCAGAUGAGAUUCCCGCAACGAAGUCGAAAUGCACGCAUGAACCGAAAGUCACGCAUACAUAUUGCCGAGUGUCGCUGUUAAAAAUGUGAUUUGUGCAGCAUUACAUUAUUCCUGCGCUGGCAUUGUGCGCGCUAACUAUUGUAUAUGCGUGUUCGAUGUUUGAAACGUUUUAAAAGUACUGCCAUCAAUUGUCCCUAUCAAAUGAUGAUGAAAAUAAAAGCGAGGACAUGAGUCACUAGAAAAUGCCAUUGGUGAUUCACUCAA